UGGAAUUGGAAAUUUUAAAUACAUGGUUGAAAUGUUUUGGAAGAAGCCCAGAGUAGGGAAGGAAAUUUAACACCAAAUACAGAGCAGCUUCUAGGAAAGAGCCUGGGCCCUGAGCAAAAUUCAUCACUGGGACAAAGACUGCUUUAUAGAGGUAGAAAUCAUAACUGAGUCCUGGGGGCUCCAUUCCCACCCAAACCACAAAAUUAUGGCCUUUAACACAUUUAAGCAAUCCCCACCCAAAUUCCACACCAAUUACAUGGGGGCCCAGCUCCAUAGCUCUCCUCUCUUCACCACCCCGCUGAAAAUACUUUAUUAAUGAAAGAGCAGCAUAAAGCCACUAGGCUUGAUCUACUCAGAAACAAUCCAAAGACAGCAGCCUGGCACCAACCACAAGUGAUACCCGACCCUCCUCCAGCAAGGACCUACUGAGGCUACGCUCCCCUCUAAUUACCAGGGUGCCUGGCUCAGGGCUUAGGCAGUUAUUUAGAGAAACAUUGCCUGCUCCAAGCACAGAUAUCCACGAGGCUGGGGCUGCAGCACUGUCUGCUCAAAGCCAGCUGCCUAAAGCUGUUAUCUCCUCAUUCUACUAACCUGGGACACCUUGGCCCACCUGAACACCUUAUCUCAUAGCAUCAUGUCUCUGGCACACACAGCUGCAGAGUAUAUGCUCUCUGAUGCCUUGCUGCCUGACCGAAAGGGCUCCCGCCUGAAAGGACUGCGCCUGGAACUGCCCAUGGACCAGAUGAUCAAGUUUGUUGCUGUGGGCUUCCCCUUAUUGCUGAUGUCUCUGGCUUUUGCCCAAGAGUUCUCCUCCGGGUCUCCAAUCAGCUGCUUUUCUCCAAGUAACUUCAGUGUCCGACAGGCUGCAUAUGUGGACAGUUCCUGUUGGGACUCCUUGGUUCACCAUGAACAGGAUGAGGCUGGCGGGUACAAGAUAAAAUCUCUCUGGCCCCACAAGGCCCUCCCCUACUCCCUUCUGGCCCUGGCCAUGGCCAUGUACCUGCCAGUACUGCUGUGGCAGUAUGCAGCUGUUCCAGCCCUCAGCUCAGAUCUGCUGUUCAUCAUCAGCGAACUAGACAAAUCCUAUAAUCGUUCCAUCCGCCUGGUGCAGCACAUGUUGAAGAUCCGGCAGAAGAGCUCUGACCCGCUUGUCUUCUGGGAUGAACUGGAAAAGGCCCGAAAAGAACGAUACUUUGAAUUCCCCCUACUAGAGCGGUACCUGGCAUGUAAGCAGCGCUCACAUUCACUAGUGGCCACCUACCUCCUGAGGAACUCCCUUUUGCUCCUCUUUACCUCAGCCACAUACCUGUACCUUGGCCACUUUCAUCUGGAUGUCUUCUUCCAAGAAGAAUUCAGCUGCUCCAUCAAGGCAGGGUUACUACAUGAUGAAACCCAUGUCCCUGACCUGAUUACAUGCAGGCUGACCUCCCUAUCCAUUUUUCAGAUUGUCAGCCUCUCCAGUGCAGCAAUAUACACCUUAUUGGUUCCUGUGAUAAUAUACAACUUCACACGGCUGUGUCAGUGGGACAAACGACUCCUAUCUGUAUAUGAGAUGCUCCCAGCUUUUGAUCUCCUCAGCAGAAAGAUGCUGGGAUGCCCAAUCAAUGACCUCAAUGUAAUUCUUCUUUUCCUCCGAGCCAACAUCUCUGAGCUCAUCUCUUUUAGCUGGUUGAGUGUCUUAUGUGUGUUGAAGGACACAACCAUCCAGAAGCAUAACAUUGACACAGUGGUCGAUUUCAUGACGUUACUGGCUGGCUUGGAACCCUCAAAACCCAAACAUCUCACCCAACAGAUGUGUGAUGAACAUCCAUAGUUAGUUUAUAAAGAAACCACGCAAUGAGAAAUUCUGUGGAAAGCAAAAGUCUUUCACCAUCUUUAAAAG